AUGGCUAAUGAUAUUCAAGAACAAGUAGUCGAAAAAUUAAAGAACAGCCAACAUUUUGCUUUGCAGUUUGACGAAUUUACAGAUGUUUCCGAUUGUGCUCAGUUUGAAGUAUUUGUGCGCUUUGAAGCAAAUGAUAGUAUCAUGGAAGAAAUCUUAUUUUGCAAAGCACUUCCUGCAAACACGUCUGGCCAGUGUUUGCACGAUAUGUUUUUAGAAAGCACUUGCGACUACGAUAUUGAUUGGAAAAAAUGUAUCGCUAUUUGUAGUGAUGGCGCUAAAGCUAUGACUGGUAAAAAUAGCGGACUCAUUGCGAAAUUGAAAUCGAUAAUGCCAAACGUAUCCUGGACACACUGUUUUCUUCAUCGACAAGCUCUAGCUUCUAAGGUAGUACAUUCUGAUUUAAAUGACGUGCUCAAGGAAGUAAUAAAAAUUGUGAAUUCUAUCAAAGGUAAAGCCUUGCAAACCCGGCUAUUCAGAAUCGUUUGCAAAUAUAUAGGCUCGCUUCAUCAAAAUCUCCUUUACUACACAGAGGUCAGGGGGCUAUCCAAAGAAAAAGUAUUGACAAGAGUUCUUGAACUGAGAGCUGAAUUGUUAAUGUUCUUACAAGAUGCAAAAUCUGAAUAUGCUAAUCGUUUUUCUGACCCUAUUUGGCUCUUGAAUGAAAUUAGCAUUUUUGGCAGAUUUUAUUACCCACCUUAA